AUGAAACUCCACGCCCGCCAGAGCUGCCAGAAUCUGGUCCGCGUUCUUUUAUCCCCCAGUCUUUGGUUUGACGUCUUCUGGCCAAAGACUCGCCAGUAUUGGUUCUCGCUUUUGUUUAUUGGCGUAUUAAGUGCCAAAGUUCUUCACAUUUACUCCCAUCUCAACUCCCUUACCGUCGCUCGUUUCGUGCUCUGGGGCCCUACAUUCUUUUUACAAGAUAUUAUCUGCAUCCUCAUUGCAUAUUGGAUUUGUCAGGAUUUUCCUAGAAAAUGGGUUCGUGGUGUGCUAGCUUUGGUGGGGAUUUUACUGAGUUUAGUGAUCUCCGUACUGGCCGCUGCAAACAUAUCCUUCUAUACUAAAACUGGCGCUGAGAUUCACUGGCGACAAGCGCAUUCCUUCCACCGUGAUGCCGCUUCGGUCAAGACACUUUUGACUGGGCUGACGGGUAUCUUCAUUGGCGAGAUUCUGUUCGGUUUUAUUGCAUGGGCAUCUACUCCGUUCCUAUACAACCUCACGAGCAAAGGUGUUUCGAUUUUGAAAGUGGCUCUCUCUCCGCUUUUCAGAUGCUGGAAACGAGAUCUCCAAGACAAUUACGAGCAGUUGGAUGUUGAAGACUGGGAAAAGGAUGAGAACAAUGAUCCCGAGUCACAAGCAAUAUUAGGGUCGCACAAGUCCAAAGGAAAUAUCCAAACCAAGCCAUCUCUUCUGCCUCGGGUGCUUCUCGUCUCGGCUGCUGUUUAUAUAUUUGUUCUUCGCGUCUUUCGCCCAUCCGACGAUGCCUAUGGCUUUCUUUCACAGACAGUGAUUAUCACUCCAUUCGAAAAGUCACCAGGUGCAGAUUCGACUUCGGUGGUUAUUCCAGAUUUACCGGGCGACUACAGCUGGCUGUAUAACCACACCGCACUGGAUGAAGCUCCAAAGUUCGAUUGGCUCCCCCUCGAGGAAGUAGCCGGUUUCCGAGACUGGUACAAAGGCGCCAAUGGCACCCAGCGGCAACACUACGACCCGGCCCUGGACCCUUUACACAUUUCCAAUCUUGAUCGUGACAUUAUAGAGUCAUUGCGGGACACUCUCAGUGGUGGAAAUAUUAGCAUCAAACAUGUCCUCCUGAUCAAAUUGGAAAGCACCCGUGCGGACGUUUUCCCUGUGCGCAAAGAAUCCUAUCUCGGCGACCUGAUUCGAGACGCGCAUUUCGACAAAAAAAUACCCGAUGAGGUUGUCAAGCGAUUAGCCAACCUAACGCCUAAUGCAGAGAGAUUCACGGGAGUUCAGUCCGGUUUCGACAAUAAUAACAAAGAAUUUCAACCAUAUGGUGGUAUUUUUGCGACCAAUGCUUAUACAGGCGAUACCUUCACUCUCAAAAGCAUUCUCGCUAGUGUCUGCGGUAUUGCGCCCUUGGUUGUCGACUUCAAUCGUGAAUACCUGCACCAUAUCUACGAGCCUUGCAUGCCACAUAUCUUGAAUGCCCUGAACAUGAUGCCAAAUGUCACGAAGGAUGUGCAACAAGAUGACUACAAGACUUGGCCCUGGCACUCGUUAUUCAUGCAAAGCAUCACCGAUAACUAUGACAAUCAGAACUAUCUUCUUCCAGCACUGGGAUUCGAUGAGAAAAUCACCGACGAAACAAUUACCGAGGACUCGAAGAAGAAGAAGGGACCACGUCCACAAAAGUUCAAUUUCUGGGGAUACCCAGAACAUGAACUUCGUGGUUACCUUUCGCAGGCUGUCCUGGAUGCGGAAACAAAGCAAGAGCGGCUUUUCAUCACUCACCUAACAGGUCAAACACACUAUCCUUGGGAUAUGCCUGUGGGUGAAAAGUAUGAGAAAUUUAUGCCAACCAGCAUUUUCAACCACAAUGACAGAAUCGCCCGCUACUUAAACACCCUCGGUGUUGCAGACAGGUGGCUCGGAGAAAUCCUUGAAGUUCUGGAAGAGACCGGUGUAAUUGAUGAGACCUUGAUAGUCAUGGUCGGUGACCAUGGUCUAUCAAUUAUUGAAGAUGGUGGAGCCACACCAUACGACAACCCUCAUGUAUCCAACUUCCAUGUUCCCCUUGUCUUCUCGCACCCACAGCUACCACCAAUCAACGUCAACGGCCGUGUCACAUCCAUGCAAAUUCUCCCCACCAUUCUCGAUCUUCUAGUCGAAUCUGGCUCUGUUGAUGAAGCUGCAACACAUGCCAUCAAAGACCUCCUCCCUCUUUACGAAGGCCAGUCUAUUAUCCGAGAUCUCGUUCCAGAGAAGGAUGGGCGACAAGACUGGCAAUUUGCCGUGAUGAACACCGGCGGAACCUGGCUUGCUUUACGAUCUGCAUCGAAGCCAUACCGUUUAGUUAUUCCUUUGGUCCAGGAUGUGGAGUGGAGAUUCACGGACGUCGAUAUUGAUCCGCAUGAGCUCCAUACUCUGCAGUCAUUUUCUUUGAUUCCUUUGCUGGAAGAUGUCGCGAGGAUUCAUAGUGAUGAGGCUGUGGAGUGGAUCAAGGAAGCCGCACAUGUCACACAGUGGUGGGUUUCUGAAAACUGGCGUCGGUAUGAAUACGUGCCGGAAAACUAA